CUAUUCUGAUGGCAAUGGCCUAUGAUAGAAAGGAAAUUGAAUUUCUGAAGUAUGUUCUAAUGAAUCGUACUUUUUCUAUGCAAUGCGAUGUCAUCAGCACCAAAAAACUAAAAAAAUAUGUUCCAUAUUCAUUUUUUAGUAAAAUUAUCGUAAUAUUUAUAUUUACAGAAAUAAAAAGUGAUCAUUGAAUUUUAGACAUGAAUAUAGACGCUCAUCACUUGCUUCGCGCUUGGCGGCCAUGUCUGAAGCUCGGUUGUUCUUUAGCGAGUUCGUGUUGUGCUAUUCACGGUUUUAAUAAAAGGACUGUGUUUAUUGUUGGUCUCAUACAAUGAAAUUAUAACUAUGUUUAAGGACUAUGGACUUCAUUAUAAGUGAAGUGUUUCGUAAAAUUGGGCAAACUAUAGGAAAAGCUAUUGCAGGAGUAACUCCAACAUCGUAUUUUUAGUUCAUCCGCCAUAUUGGCAUUAAUAUACCUUCAACCUGGCUCACAACAUAGUUGAUAAGGGACUGCCAAUCUAAAUCUGAUCCUUACCUGUCAGGUGAAAGUUCUGUUAAAUGUAUAAAAUAAGAAACAGUUAGGUGCAAAAGCACCACUUAUUAUUAUGAUAGAAAGGUUUAAUGUUAAGAGAGGGUAUAGCUGAUGCCUCUUAGCCAGAAAUUGGAUGAGCCUCUUGUUACAAUUGAGGUAGAUUGCUGACUCUAGCACAAUGCAGCAGGCAGUUGAUCCACUCGCCACGACUAGCACCCCAGCGGCUGAACCCAUUAAUGGGACGCCUUCGGAGGAGCCUCCGCGUCGACAAGGGCGGAUCACCAAUCAGCUUCAGUUCCUUCAAAAAAAUGUCAUCAAGGCUGUGUGGAAGCAUAAAUUUGCAUGGCCUUUUCAUCAACCUGUAGAUGCUAAAAAGUUAAAUCUUCCUGAUUACCAUAAAAUAAUAAAAAAGCCUAUGGAUUUAGGAACUAUCAAAAAGAGGUUGGAAUCUAAUUAUUACUACUCUGCUCAGGAAUGUAUUCAAGAUUUUAACACAAUGUUCACAAAUUGCUAUGUUUAUAAUAAGCCUGGUGAAGAUGUAGUUGUAAUGGCGCAAACUUUAGAAAAAUUGUUCCUAAAUCGGAUAGCGCAAAUGGAUAAAGAGGAGAAGGAAAUAGAGGUGCCAUCAAACAGUGGUAAGGGUACUGUAAAGAAGAGGUCUGGUGGUUCUACUGGUGGCGUGACCGCCAGUAGUGUGUCAACACCGACAGUCGGAGCGCGAAGUACGCCGGUUAAGGCGAUCCCCUCAACGCCGCUCCCAGCUUUUGUCGGUUCGACCAACACUACUACGACACCAACGCUUACAGCGCCUGCAACCCCCCCUGCUACACAUGUUGGACUCCCUCAACAGGUGGCCACUCAACCGUCAAACUUCCAUGUGACCCAAGCUGCACCACCUCCGGUGUCAACUAUGCCAGCAGUUGCACUGUCACAAACUCAACCAGCAAAGGUUAAAAAAGGUGUGAAAAGAAAAGCUGACACUACAACACCUAUGGGAAGUUCCUUUGAAGGAGGGUACACAACACCAACAAUUGACCAGCAGGGUGGGCCAAAACCAGCUAAAAUAUCAACAAGACGAGAAAGUGGAAGACAAAAAAAGACGGGUAGAGUUGGUGAAGAUGGAUUUAAAAUGGGAGGUUUAUCACCAGGAGUGGGUGGUGCAAGUGCAUCCCAUCAUACUGGUUUGACUCCUCAGCUGGCAAAGAGCAAAGAAAAAUUAUCAGAUGCCUUAAAGAGUUGUAAUGAAAUUUUAAAAGAACUAUUUUCCAAGAAGCAUUCUGGUUACGCUUGGCCGUUUUAUAAACCUGUAGAUGCAGUGUUACUGGGUCUUCAUGAUUACUUUGACAUUAUUAAAAAGCCUAUGGAUUUGGGCACAGUUAAGAAUAAAAUGGAUAAUAGGGCAUACAAAACAGCAGCAGAAUUUGCAGCAGAUGUUCGUUUAAUAUUUACAAAUUGUUAUAAAUAUAACCCCCCUGAUCAUGAUGUUGUAGCAAUGGCCCGAAAGUUACAAGAUGUAUUUGAAAUGAGGUAUGCAAAGAUCCCUGAUGAACCAAUACAUGCAGGGGUACCUCACUUGGACAAGGGUAGCUCUGCAUCCAGUUCCGAAUCAGGCUCUGAAUCAGAUUCUGAAUCUGACGAUUCGGAAGAAGAAAGAAAUAAUAAAGUGAAAUUACUUGAAAAAGAAUUACUUGCUCUUCAAGAAAAAAUGAGAAAGUUGGUUGAAGAAUCAAAUAAUAAGAAGAAAGCAAAAAAGAAAAUCAAAGAAAAGCAGAAGAAGCAAAUUACUAAUAGUGCUGUGCCUAAGACAAAUGCUGUGCCUGCUUAUGCAAAAGUUAAUAACAUUGGAGAUAAUUUAGCGUCGAGCGGCGUCCGCGGCAAGACGGGCAGCAAGCGCGGCGGCGGCGGCGCGGGCAAGGCGAGCUCGCGCGGCGCGCCGCCCGCCAAGAAGAAGAGCUCCACGCCCGUCGCCGCGCCCGCCGCGCACCCGCCCUCGCGCAACGACACCGACGAGGAGGACCUCGCCAAGCCCAUGUCCUACGACGAGAAGCGCCAGCUCUCGCUCGACAUCAACAAGCUGCCAGGCGAUAAGCUAGGUAGAGUGGUUCACAUAAUUCAAAGUCGAGAGCCUUCAUUGAGAGACUCUAAUCCAGAUGAGAUUGAAAUUGAUUUCGAGACUCUUAAGCCGUCCACCCUCAGAGAACUGGAAAACUACGUCGCUUCAUGUCUUCGAAAGAAAACACAUCGAAAGGUUUCUGGUAAGUCUAAAGAUGAACAAAUGGCUGAAAAGAAACAGGAGCUAGAGAAGAGAUUGCAAGAUGUCUCAGGCCAAUUAGGAACAAAUAAAAAGCAACAACCUAAAAAAGACGGGUGCAAAGACGGGCUGGGCGGAGGCAUGUCGUCGUCGUCCAGUUCGUCCGACUCGUCUAACUCGUCGUCCAGCACCGACACCAGCUCGUCCGACAGCAGCGACAGCGAAGCAGGCACAAAUGUGGGGAAACAAAAGAAAAAAGUAAAGAAGCAGUCUCAUCAGCUACCAUCAUCACAACCUAAAACGAUAACGCCGGUCGUUGCCCCAGUAACAGCGCCACCAGUUGUACCGCCCGUUACUAAUGAGUUACCACCGACACAAGUUCCUGCAGAAGUCAAAGAAGUUCCAGAAGUGACACAUUCUCCAGCUUUAGAACUAAAAAAUCCACCGGUAGCUUCGGCGCCAUUGACUAAUCCUGUGCCAGAAACUAUUUAUCCCCCAAUAAGCAAUUUGCCAGAUUCAUCUAAUGUCCCUAUAGCACGAGAAAGUGAAAAUUUAAAACCUCUUAAAAUAGAGCCUAGAAAUGGACUCGACAAAGUUGAUACGUCACACUACAUAGAUCCAAUAGAACGCUCAUUGGCAAACAUAGAACGCAGUUUACAAGCCGAUGUGCCUAUGGAUGUCAGCGUAAGUGCUUCAGAAUCAUCGAUGCGUCUUGAUGACUUUAAUUUAUCUAAACCUUCCAUAAUGCCGGACCCUUCCCAUCAUAACUUAAUGGCACAACUUGGUGGAUUAACAGAUAUGACUCACGUAUCAGAACCCAUUAAAAACGAAAUGUAUCUUCCACCCGCUCAUAAUGGAUUUGUGGAGAAGAAUAUGGCACAUGAGCGUGAAAUAUUAGGUUCUGAUAUUAAUCCUAACAUUACCAGCAUGUCAUCUGCGCCACCUGUCUCUUCUAUUUUUGAUCCAGUAUACACGGCACCGCAUACGCACCCUGUAACAGCACAAGCACAUCUAAAUAUGCCAAGUGUACCGAACAUGAUUGCUCCUGCCAUAAAAAAGGAAGAUGUGAAACCUCUGCUUACGCCUAAGCCUAUUGAAGAUCUUAUGAGAGUACCAAAUGUUGCUACAAAUAACAUGUCCGAUAGGGCGAAAUAUGAAAUAGAUAAAAAAAUGGAAGAUGCAAAAAAUUCAAGCUUUGCUCAAGCAUUUAAAGUCAAACAAGAACAAAACCUUAAGAAUGCAAGCUCAUGGUCCUCUUUGGCGCAAGCUGGAAGUCCUCAAAGUGUCCCAACAAUAGGCACAAAUAAUCAAAUUAAACAGAAGCCAGUUAUGGAUAGUUUUCAAACGUAUUUGCAGGCUUUUAAGAAACAAGCCCGAGAGAAAAUAGAUCGACAAAGAGCACUUAUUGAACAGCAGGAAUUGAGAAGAAAAGAACAAGCCGAAAGAGAAAGGCAAAGGCAAGAAACAGAAAGACGGCAUCCUGAAGAGGAAAAAAUAAGGGCCGUACAAAAUGUGCGCAAACCGGAGAGCGCGGAGGUGGCAUCGCCGAGCGUGUCGCCGGUAGCGCGCGGCUCGCCGCCCGCCGCCGCCGCCGCCGUGGCCGCCGCCGCGCCCGACAAGCCGCCCGCUUCCGAGCGCGACCGCCAGCGGCAGCGCGAGCAGGAGCGCCGCCGCCGGGAGGCGAUGGCUGGGCAGAUAGAUAUGAAUAUGCAGAGCGAUCUUAUGGCUGCCUUUGAAGAAUCCCUGUAAAUUACAUGGACACACAUUGUAUUUCUUGUAAAUAUAUUCAAUAUUAUCAAUGCAAUUUAUACUUAAUAGUGACAGAAUGACACCUGAGUGAUUUUGUGACUCGUUUUGUGUGUGGAAUUGUUGACUAACAUGUGGUUAAGUGCUGUGAAUAGAUAUAUUUACUAAAGUUAAAACUGUUGUACCGUCGUUCGGCGCAGUUGCGCGCUGUGGGUCUUGCGAGGGGUUGCAUUUUAAUGUAAUGUGUAUUAUAUAAGUUUGUAUGCAAGUUCUCGGUGUAAACUCUCUUUACAUUCGUAAGCCUAUAUAUUUAUAUUUUGUUCUAGAAGCGUCUUCUACCUUCCAAUUUGUUUUAUAGUAUGUACUAAUUAAAAGUAGUAAUUUGAAAUAUUAAAAAAUCAAAAAAAUUAUUUUAUAUAAUUCAUAAAUAGACGAAUCAGCUUAUUAUGAAACCAUGAAUUCUGUUAAUUUCCAUGCAUUUUCUCAUUGCAUGGCGGUUUCUUCCUUAUUUCUUUUAAAUAGCGUAAAAUAUCAUGUAAUCUAAUGAAAUGAAUUCUAAUCUAAUCAAUAUGCAAUGCGAAAAUGGCGUGUUAAGUGUUUUAAUAUUAAGUGAAAUUUCUGUUACGUGUUCGAUUUUUGAUAAAUUUUCUUAAUGUUAGUAGAUUUUUUAUCAGUCUGUCAACGACAAGCAGAUCAAAUGUCAUACAUUUGAUUUGAAAUAUAUUUAUUUUACAUUGGAACAUGUCUUUUUAUGUUUUGUAGUUAGUUAACUCCAGUGGAAAAUUUUAGUAAAAUAUUAUCAACUUUCAGUGUGAAUAUUACCUGCAAUACAGACUCCAAAACGAAAUAUUGUAUAUAAUUAAUAAGCAAAUUCUAUUUGAAGUCACUAACUAAACCUC